UCUUCUUUUCUUCUCCCCUGCACCCGACCAGCCCCCCCUUCAAGCUGCCGAUAGUUUCCCUUGGGAAACUCGGCAAAAAGCUUGAAUUUCUCUUCUUUUCUUGUUAAACCACGAGAUUUGGGGCUUAGAAUCCUCCCUCUCAACCUAGAAAUCCCGGAUCUGCUCUGCUCCUUCCUCCCUUGUUCGUCGGGUUCUGCUGGGUGUGGAUCCUUCGGCUUUUCUGAACCGUGAGUUUCCCCCCCUGCACUGCCACUGGUCUUCCCCAACUGCAGCUCCGGUUUUUGGCUGGAUUUCCUGGUUUUGAUUGUUCUGUCACCGUAGCACUUGGGUUAGCCUUCUGUUCUGUGCGAGUGAGGAAGUGAUACCGAGGAUGGGGAAACCGAGGGGAGUGACGAGUUAGAAGGCUAGCCAUCGUGUAAAUUGAAUAUGGAUUUUAGAUAUGAAUGAUGAUCUUGUAAGCGAGAUUUUUCUUAUACCAUAAAAGUUUAUAGUAUAAUUGUAACUAAAUAAUCAAAAUAUUCUAUACAAAAAAUUAAUAAUAUCUAAAUAUACAAUUUUUUAUAUUCAUUUACUUUAUUUAGUUAUGGUUUGGUUUUUUGUCAAGUGGUCAAUCGAUGGUUCCAAGGUUGGAGAGGACUGUAGUGUCAAUAUACAAGCAAUUGGCUUUCAUAACAACAAAAUCGGGCCACGGGAGGAUAGUGAUGUCCUUUAAUGAAAAGAAAAAGAAUGUGCACCGAGAGAACUUUUUGGAUUUUUUGUAAUAUAUUCGAACAAAAAAUAGUCUAAAAAAGUGUAAGUGUAGAAGUUUCUAGAUGCUGGACAUAUAUACAAAUCACACCUGGUUCGAAUAUAUUCUAGUGUCCGCAAACCCUGUUAGGGUUUUACAUAUAUACGGACCAAAAUCGGUCCAUAUAUACAUGUAAAACACAAUUGAGUUUAUUCAUGUAUAUAUGGACCGAUUUCGGUCUGUAUUUCCAAGUGAAACCCUAAUAGGGUUUACAUGUAUAUAUUUAGACCGAAAACGGUCUGUAUAUACAUGAAUAAACUCAAUUGUGUUUUACAUGUAUAUAUGGAUCGGUUUUGGUUCGUAAAUAAUUUAUGCAGCAAAUU